UCCUCUGGGAAAUGACAGCUGAGUCCAGAAGGAUAGGCUGGCUAUGCAAGUCUAGGUCGCACAGUCCCGGGAGUCGGAAGGCCCUGUCAGACACUGUUUAAGGGAGGGUCCAGAGGCUGUGACCCUUUUAAGAAAGGGCGGGAGCAGCAGCUGGCGGAAAUAGGGCCGCAGAGCAGCGGAAGGGGCGGGGCCUCAAGAACAACGGAAGCCGGAAGCAGAAGUCUGAGCUACGCGCGUGCGGCUAUGUCGGCUAGUGGGGCUGUAGAGCCCGGGCCCCGGGGGCCUGCCACCACCCCAUCACCCGCUCCAGUCCAGCCGCCAGCCACCGGGCACUUGUUCCGACCCAUCAACGCCGAGGACGAAGAACAACAGCCCACCGAGAUCGAGUCGCUGUGCAUGAACUGUUACCGCAAUGGCAUGACGCGCCUCCUGCUCACCAAGAUCCCCUUCUUCAGAGAAAUAAUAGUGAGUUCCUUUUCCUGUGAGCACUGUGGUUGGAACAACACAGAGAUCCAAUCGGCAGGCAGGAUCCAGGACCUGGGAGUGCGCUACACUUUGACCAUCAGGGGCCUGGAGGACAUGAACAGAGAAGUGGUGAAGACAGAUUCUGCUACCACAAGAAUCCCCGAGCUGGACUUUGAAAUUCCAGCUUUCAGCCAGAAGGGAGCUCUGACCACAGUUGAAGGAUUGAUCAACCGUGCUAUUUCUGGCCUGGAGCAAGACCAGCCCACACGAAGGGCAAGCAAAGAAGCCAUAGCUGAAAGAAUAGAUGAGUUCAUUGUCAAACUGAAGGAGCUAAAGCACGUGGCCUCCCCUUUCACUCUGAUCAUCGAUGAUCCCUCAGGGAAUAGCUUUAUAGAAAACCCACAUGCUCCCCAGAAAGAUGAUGCCCUGGUGAUCACGCACUAUAACCGGACCCUACAGCAGGAUGAGAUGCUGGGGCUCCAAGCAGAAGCACCAGAAGAAAAGCUGGAAGAAGAUCUCAGAAAUGAAGUGCUCCAGUUCAACACAAACUGCCCGGAAUGCAAUGCCCCAGCUCAGACCAAUAUGAAGCUAGUACAAAUCCCCCACUUUAAAGAGGUUAUCAUCAUGGCCACCAUCUGUGAGAACUGUGGUCAUCGGACCAAUGAGGUGAAGUCUGGAGGAGCAGUGGAGCCCUUGGGAACCAGGAUCACGCUCCUCAUCACAGAUCCCUCAGACAUGACCAGAGACCUCCUCAAGUCUGAAACAUGUAGUGUGGAAAUCCCAGAGCUGGAAUUUGAGCUGGGAAUGGCUGUCCUAGGGGGCAAGUUCACUACCCUGGAAGGGCUGCUGAAAGACAUCCGGGAGCUGGUGACCAAGAACCCUUUCACACUGGGUGAUAGUUCCAGUCCAGGCCAGUCGGAGAAAUUGCAGGAAUUUAGCCAGAAGUUGGACCAGAUUAUUGAGGGUGGCAUGAAGGCCCAUUUUAUUAUGAAUGAUCCAGCAGGAAACAGUUACUUGCAGAACGUGUAUGCACCUGAAGAUGACCCAGAGAUGAAGGUGGAGCAUUACAAGCGCACCUUUGACCAGAAUGAGGAGCUAGGGCUCAAUGACAUGAAGACAGAGGGCUAUGAGGCAGGCCUGUCCCCACAGCGGUAGCAGCAGGCUCUCAGCCAGCUCCGGUACAUCUCAUACCACAGGGUUGUUUAUUACUGAUGGAAUAAAACUGGGGUGUCCUCCCCACCCCUUCCCAUGCUGGGGAGAACACUUAGCUGGUGUUAGAGAUCUAGGAAGACUUUCCUAGAUCUAACAGCUUGUGAUGGAAGUACAAGCCUGUGUGUUACUUGACCUUAUUUUGGAGGUUUUGAAUUGGUCUGGGAAGAAACGCAGAAGUGAACCAAAAGCACGUUGUCAUCACUUUUUUCCUAUACGGUUGGAACUCUGAAGUUGGCAAAGAUGAAAGGCAUUUCAAGUCGAGAUUUCAGAAUUGGUUUGGGGCAUAUAAAGUCCUAGCUUUCCAGAACAAUUCUGAGAGGAGAAGUCAGCACAGGUGAAGACGUUAUUAAGAUGAUGGCUUUCAAACAACACUGGCCUCUUCAUUUCUUUGUCUUGUUGGAUAUCAUGCUGUUAGAAUUCAGCUUUCUAAAGAAAAAUUUCCCUGUUGUAACCACUACCUUGGUGAUUGGAGGUAGCAUUUAAUUCAUCCAUUCAACAGAUAUUUUCUGCCUACUUUAUGCCAGGCACAUCUCAGAACAGUGGACAAAAGAAAUCUGCUUCUAUGGAGUUUAAAAACUAGUGGAGAAAACUGACAGAUAAGCAGAAGGGCAUGUCAAAUGGUGAUUAGUGCUCAGGAGAAAUGUCAGGCAGGGAAGGGGUGUGGGCGGUGGUAGGGAGGUGAGGGUGGGUGUUUCAAGUACAGUGCUGGGGGAAAAGUUCAUUAAGCUGACAAUUUGACAUUUAGGCAGAGCUGAGAAGGAAGGAAGGGAGGGAAGCAUCCCUUAUCCCGUGUAGCCAGAGGAAGAGAUUUCCAGGUUUGCUGUGAACUGCAAAAAAAGCCCUGUGCUGUAGAAUAUGGGAACCUGAGGGCUGCCUGUAGUCGCUAGGAAAUGAAGGACCUCAGGGCAAGAGGUGACACCUGCUGUGCUGGCUGCACAGUAUUUGUUCAGUAAAGACAAGUUAAUUGAGAUAUUACUAAGAUGACAACAAUCUUAUUACACCAAGAUCUCCAGUGAUUUUCUACUUGGAAAAUGUCAUUGUUAUUUUGUUUCUCUGGCAUUUCAGCGGACUAGCUCUUUCACUCCUUUCCUUGGUGUUUGAUUUUCUAAAGAAUCAUUCCUUAUUUGCAAUCUGCCUCCUUUCUCCAAAGGUAUUUGUUUCCUAAGGUUCUGCUUUCAUACACCUUUCCAUAGUGGAUUGUUUGACAUCUAUCAUUUAGGACUAGCUUCCAUACCUGUAUGUAUAAUUUUAGUUAAGUGAGGUGUUUGAAGAAGUUUAGAGACGUUAGCAAGUGACACAAACUUUAAAGCUAUAUAGUACUUAGGCAUCUUGUAUGCAGGUAUUCUAUUUAAGAGACUAGCUGUGUUCCCAACUGACUUGAGAAUCUGAGUUUAUUGGACUGCUUUCUAAUCUGGCAUUUGGUCUCUUGAAUGGAUUUUCCAAGGGGAACGUUGCUUUAUGAAGAUGGCCACUGAUGUCAUGUUUUCCCAUUUUGAAGGGUCAGAAUGGUACUCUGGUUUAUAACUUCAGACUCCAUCGAAUUACUGGGAAGUGAUAACCUGAGUUACUAAAACUGCAGUUUCUGAGGACCAGGGUCCAGACUGGGACAAUCCAGCUAAUGUACCCUCUGAUCUUUGGGCCAGGGCCUGGCAUCCUUAUUUCAGAACAUUGUCUUGAAGUACUUCUCAACUCAUUCUCAUUUCUCAGAGUCUAUUAGCUUUUAUCUGGUUAAUUGUUUUGCCCUACAGUCCCCAGCGUAUGGCAUAUGGCUAAUAAAACUGUUGUAAAAUAUAUAAGCCCCAGAUUAU